AAUUGGUACUGAGUUAAUAAGAAUAGUAUUUUUAGGCAAGAACAAAAUUAAUUCUCUUAGAUUUUAUCUUCUCUUCUUGCUUCUCCUUCUUUUUCUUUCUAAUCAUAAUCUUGCAAACCCAGGGUUUAUAUAAAUGGAGGGUGGUGCGAGUAAUGAAGUAGCAGAGAGCAGCAAGAAGAUAGGGAGAGGGAAGAUAGAGAUAAAGAGGAUAGAGAACACUACGAAUCGCCAAGUCACUUUCUGCAAACGACGCAAUGGUUUGCUCAAGAAAGCUUAUGAGCUCUCUGUCUUGUGUGAUGCUGAGGUUGCUCUUGUCAUCUUCUCCACACGAGGUCGUCUCUACGAGUACGCCAACAACAGUGUGAGAGGAACGAUCGAAAGGUACAAGAAAGCUUGCUCCGACGCCGUUAAUCCUCCUUCCGUCACCGAAGCUAAUACUCAGUACUAUCAGCAAGAGUCGUCUAAGCUUCGGAGACAAAUUCGGGACAUUCAGAAUCUGAACAGACACAUUCUUGGUGAAUCUCUUGGUUCCUUGAACCUCAAGGAACUCAAGAACCUCGAAAGUAGGCUUGAGAAAGGCAUCAGCCGCGUCCGCUCCAAAAAGGUUAAUCACUAUAGUUUCAUUGAUCAAACUUCUAUGUUUGGAUAUAUUGUGUUCACGACUUUAUCUGAUUAUUCUUGCCCGUUACAUUUGAUUUUUGUUUUUCCUCAGCACGAGAUGUUAGUUGCAGAGAUAGAGUACAUGCAAAAGAGGGAAAUCGAGCUGCAAAACGAUAACAUGUAUCUCCGAUCCAAGAUUACUGAAAGAGUGGGACUACAGCAGCAGGAAUCGAGUGUGAUACAUCAAGGGACGGUUUACGAGUCGGGCGUAUCAUCCUCUCAUCAGUCGGAUCAGUAUAACCGGAGUUAUAUUCCGGUUAACCUGCUCGAACCAAAUCAGAAUCCCUCCGACCAAGACCAACCACCUCUCCAACUUGUUUAAUUAUGUCCAAUUAAUCUAUCUAAGCUUCUUUCCUCGUCUGAGAUCGUUUUGAUGCAUAUAUACUCAUACUUAAAAUGCAGACGGGCAACGAUUUGAGAGGGACCAAAUUUACAUAUAUCUUUGAUUAUUUAUAUGUAUGUAAACCUUGCAGCUAAUAAUUUCAAAACAAGAGAAUUUAACCAAGUAAAAACAGGGUCUC